AUGUCGUUUGUAAAGAAUAUGAUACUAGGGGAUGUUAAAACAAGUGAAGAUCCAACGGGCUUAACUAACGAGGAGGCACAGAACCGUUCUACAAGCUCUGGUGAUGUAUCAGAACCUGCUGUUGAACGUAAGUUUUUUCCAAGAACUUUGUCCAAGUUCAAUGGUCACGAUGAUGAGAAGAUUUACAUAUCCAUUAAGGGCAAAGUUUACGACUGUACAGCUGGUAGACAGUUUUACGGUCCUAGUGGACCAUAUGCUAACUUUGCUGGGCAUGAUGCCUCCAGAGGUUUGGCUACAAACUCGUUUGAGUUCGAGGCUAUUAGGCAUUGGGAUCAACCCAUAGAUGACUUAUCGGACUUAUCGGAGCAACAGCAUGAGGCGUUAGAUGGAUGGGUUGCACACUUCGAAAAGAAGUAUGCAUGUAUUGGAGAUUUAGUCCCAGAACCCGGUGUUAACAUCUAG